AGCUUACAGUGUUGCAGAGCCCUCCCGGGAAGUAACCGCAGCUAUGCCAGUGUGAGAGAGCAAAUUUCUGGGAAAGGAGACAGUUCCCUGAGAGUGAAUUCAUAUCCAGGAUGAGGCAGUAUGUGCAAGUUCCAACUGUUGAGCAAGAAAAAGCCUAUGAUUAUAAUUCUGCUUUUGAACCGAGACCGUGUAUGUGUUUGGGAGUUUGCUGCUGCUGUGCUGCGCUGCGACCUCGCUACAAGCGUCUGGUAGACAACAUAUUUCCUGAAGAUCCAAAAGAUGGUCUUGUUAAAGCUGACAUGGAGAAACUGACUUUCUAUGCAGUUUCUGCCCCAGAGAAGCUGGAUCGAAUUGGGGCUUACCUGGCAGAGAGGCUGACCAGGGAUGUGGUCAGACAUCGCUAUGGUUAUGUUUUAAUUGCCAUGGAGGCACUGGACCAACUUCUAAUGGCUUGCCAUUCUCAAAGCAUAAAACCAUUUGUGGAAAGUUUCCUUCAUAUGGUGGCCAAGCUUCUGGAAUCAGGCGAACCAAAGCUGCAAGUCCUUGGGACUAAUUCUUUUGUCAAAUUUGCCAACAUUGAAGAAGACACACCGUCAUAUCACAGACGCUAUGACUUCUUUGUGUCCAGGUUCAGUGCCAUGUGUCAUUCCUGUGACCCUGAUCCAGAAAUACAAAAUGAGAUCCGAAUUGCUGGAAUCAGGGGCAUUCAGGGAGUGGUUCGAAAAACAGUUAAUGAUGAGCUUCGAGCAACUAUAUGGGAACCUCAGCACAUGGACAAGAUAGUGCCAUCAUUGCUGUUCAACAUGCAGAAAAUAGAAGAUAUUGACAGCAGAAUAGGCCCCCCAUCCUCUCCUUCAGCAGGAGUGAAAGAAGAAAAUCCUUCUGUGCUGGCUGAGAAUUGUUUCAGGGAACUACUGGGACGAGCAACCUAUGGAAACAUGAAUAAUGCUGUCAGACCAGUUUUUGCGCAUUUAGACUAUCAUAGACUAUGGGAUCCUAAUGAAUUUGCUGUUUCCUGCUUUAAAAUUAUCAUGUAUUCUAUACAGGCACAAUAUUCCCAUCAUGUAAUACAAGAAAUCCUUGGGCACCUUGAUGUCCGCAAAAGGGAUUCACCACGAGUUCGUGCUGGCAUUAUUCAGGUUCUUCUGGAGGCAGUUGCAAUAGCAGCUAAAGGAUCAAUAGGCCCAACUGUUCUGGAGGUCUUUAAUACCUUGUUGAAGCACCUGCGCAUCAGCGUUGACUUUGAGCUGAGUGACAGGCACAGUUCAGCAGAAAGUGUCACUUUAAGCACAAGCUCCAAAGAGAAUGAUGAGAGGAUUGUCCAGAAUGCAAUUAUUCAAACAAUUGGAUUUUUUGGAAGCAAUCUCCCAGAUUACCAGAGAUCAGAGAUUAUGAUGUUCAUUAUGAGCAAAGUACCUGUUUUGGGGACAGCUUCGCAGUCACUGGAUCCCAGUAACCUUGGAGAUCUGGGAACCAGGAGGAUUCAAAUCAUGUUAUUGAGAUCUUUACUUAUGGUGACUUCAGGGUACAAAGCCACAACAAUAAGUAAUGCACUUCCUCCCCCCUUUCUGGACCCACUGCUGUCUCCUUCACUCAUGGAAGACUCUGAGCUGAGGCAGCUGGUCCUGGAAAUCCUGCACAACCUCAUUGAUCGUCACGACAACAGAGCCAAGCUGAGAGGCAUAAGAAUAAUACCAGAUGUUUCUGAUCUGAAGAUAAAACGAGACAAGAUUUCAAGGCAAGACGUGAGCUUCAUGAAAAAGCAUGGUCAGCAGUUGUACAGACACAUCUAUUUAGGCUGCAAAGAAGAAGACAACGUCCAAAAAAACUUUGAACUCCUGUUUACAUCUCUAGCACUUACCACAAUUGAACUGGCCAAUGAAGAAGUGGUCAUUGACCUCAUUCGAUUAGCUAUUGCCUUGCAGGACGUUGCCAUCAUCAAUGAGGAUAAUCUGCCAAUGUUUAAUCGUUGUGGUGUCAUGGCAUUGGUUGCAGCAUAUCUGAACUUCCUGAGUCAGAUGAUUGCAGUUCCUGCCUUUUGUCAGCAUGUCAGCAAGGUUAUUGAAACUAGAAGUGUGGAAGCAGCUUAUUUUCUACCAGAAACAAUUUUCAAAGACAAGUGCGAUCUUCCAACAUCCUUGGAGAAGGAUGAAAAAGAUUUAUUUUUCCUGACGAAUAAGAUUGCAGAAUCAUUGGGAGGCAGUGGAUACAAUGUGGAAAGAUUGUCAGUUCCAUAUGUGCCCCAGGUAACAGAUGAGGACAGACUCUCCAGGAGGAAGAGUAUUGUGGACACAGUGUCUCUUCAGGUGGAUAUUCUGUCUGGCAGCAACACAGAGGAUAAGGUUGAUAAUACUGAAGAAAUCACUUUUGAAGCUUUGAAGAAAGCCAUUGAAAAUAAUGGACUUGAAGAACAGGAAAAGGAAAAAAGGCGUCUUGUGAUUGAAAAGUUCCAAAAAGCUCCAUUUGAAGAAAUUGCAGCUCAAUGUGAAACCAAAGCAAACUUGCUUCACGAUAGACUGGCACAGAUACUGGAACUCACCAUUCGUCCUCCGCCCAGCCCCUCAGGAACGAUGACCAUUACUGCUGGACAUGCUCAUUACCAUUCUGUUCCAGUCUAUGAGAUGAAGUUUCCAGAUCUUUGUGUGUAUUAAGUGUCUUCUGAAGUCUGCUGGACAUUAUUUAGAGUAGAGUACAAUAGAAAGAACAAGAUGAGUUUUCAAAUUUUAUUGUCUAUUGUAUCUAAUUUUAAUAUAAUGAUGGAUAUGAGCCAAAACCAGAUUAUUUUAGCCAAAUUCAUGAAACUGUCUUGAAUUGUUUUAUUCUGUAAUAUAUUUUGACUUAGGUUUUUCACAUACCAUGUUUCUUCAUUUUCAUAUUUGAGUACAUGUAAAAGUCAGAUUUAAAACUUGUCUUACCAUAUAGGUAAAUAUUUCAGUUACUCUAGGAAUUUGUAUUGCUUCAAAUUCCUUUAAUUUGAGAUAUUGUAACUGAAAAACCUAUUAAAGCCUUUUUUUGUUUUGGUUUGGGUUUUUUUUUUUGGUUGGUUGAUUUGUUGGUUGGUUUGUUUUUUGUUUUUUUUAUUCCUCUCCAUCUCAAUUCAUCUCAAUUCUCCACCUCAACCUAGAAUGCUUUUGACUUGCUUCAUCUUAUUCAGUGUAACCAGUGGAGCACUAGCUGAGCUUCCUCUUGUUUAUGCUGUCAUAGCUACUUGUUUGUUUUGGAAUAGAUUGAAAAAACCAAAACCUUACACGUGUUCAAAUAUGUGAAUGAAUUAAUGGACACUUGUUAAGUGUAUUUUGAUGCAUCACAUAACAUGCUUUUUAGAUAGAUACAUCCAGUAUAUGUCCUGUGUUUCUUGCUAAAAGUUAACUCUUAAGCUUUGCAUAAGAGGAGAAAUCUCCUCUUGAAGCACGGAAUUGUGCAAUAUAUUUCAUGUCUUAAGAUCUAUGGUUUACAGACUGUACUUUUGAAAACACUGUAGUAUUUUACUGUCUGCUUUAGUAUAAAUACAGGAGAGAUAUAUUUAGUAUAGCAGAAAAUAAACUGAGGGCAUUUUAAAUCAUAAAUACUGAAACUAUAUUCUAUGAGACAUUUCUCUGUAGUUUGUAACAGCUUUUUAGUGAUAUUUUAGAAAUUGAAAGAAAACUCAAUGAAAUCAUUUAAAAAUCAAGACUUUAGUACAUAUAUUUUCAAGCAAAAGCAUUUUUAGAGAUGCAUCUCUGUGUUUGUUUUUGUUUCAUUUCUCAAACCUUUAAGAUAACUUUCAUAGGUUUAUGUAUCUGAGCAUAUACUAUUCAAAUGUAAAUAAAGUAAAACUGAUAGAGUAAAUCAUGGACAUUUAAUAAUCAUUGUGAAGGCAGUCUUUAUGACUCACUAAAUCCUGCAAGCAAAAAAAGAAAAACAGCAUUCAUUGAUGCCAUGAAUAAUAAGUUUAAGUCCCUUAAUCUGUCUGAAUCUGACUGGGGCAAUGCAAACAUGAAUGAAUGCUCUCAAAUAUCUAUAAUAAAUGUAGACAUUUAAUUUAGUGUAUUGGAUGAACACUGAACAUGAACAAAGUAAUCCAACUUCAGUUAGCC